AUGCAUGUCAUUUCCGCCUUUUUUAACUCGUUUUCGAAGGCGUAUAACAUCAGUAUGCAGAUUCUCCUGAUCAAUGCACCCACGUGGGUCCAAUUCCUGUUUCGGAUUGACAUAUUUAUGAUGCAAAUCAAUCUGCACGCCAUAUCGAUAAAGAUCCUUCAAGUGUCCAUUCUCCUGAAGAUCGUCUUCAUGUUUUUGACUGUGAGACAUUGUCCGGGCUAUCUUCCUAUGAAUACAGAAAGCGAGGAGAAUAAGAAAUUAAUCGACGAGGGGUCGCAACAACAACUUGCAGGCGUUGUUUGUAAGGAAUGCUGUAGUCGGCGUCCUUUGCGCACAUUCCACUGCUCUGCAUGCUACCGAUGUAUUUUCCGUUACGAUCACCACUCCUAUCUCUUGAACACCUGCAUUGGCUAUGGGAACCAAGUCUAUUACUUUGGCUAUCUGCUUUCCUCUCUGCUGAUGGACUAUUUGUGCUUCUACAUCUUCAUCCGUCACGUCACCAGUCUCUUUGCGCUCUCAUUCUGGCAAUGGUUUUGCGUUGCUUGUGUUGUAUUUUUGUUUGUCUCUCUCGAUAACGUGUUUCAGAACCUUACCGCAACAAACAUUCCGAAUAGAGACGAGUCAUUCCGAUUUCGUAAUCCGUUUUAUAUCUCGCCUUUCCGCAAUCUACUCGAGUUCCUUCACUUAUCGGGCACGCGAUGGAACGAAACGGAUUUAUUCUCGCUGGUGUAUGUAAAUAAACAGACAGAGAAAGGAGUGGAACCAAAGUCGGCAUCGAAUGUGGUGGUUGAUACGAUUCGAUUGGUUUCGGGUCUCCCGACAUCGCGACUGAAUGACAUUAUGGAGGAGAGCAUGGAGGAGACUCCGGUGGCGGAUUUGGAAGUGGAAGAGCCGUUGUAUCAAUAG